AGAUAACCGAAGAUAUUAAUAUCAAAGCUUUGGUUAAUGAUGCAAUUUCAUUUAUGUUGUUAGGCCCAGACAUAGUUCCCAAAUUUACAGUGAUAAUACCCGAUGUCUUUUUUAUUCGAUUCACAGUCCCUUCUUGAUAGAUAAACAUAACAGAACAGUUCUGCACCCGAAACCCCGCCAUGAUAAUUCCAUCAGUUCAUAAUAAAUCCAGCUACAAACAAAAGACUAAAUUCCUGUGUGCUUUAGCCUAAUUUUGCUUAGAUUUCCACUCCAUCUAGGCCCUUUACAAGAAAGGUACUUUAUAAACAUCAACAGAACGAUAAAAAUAAAACAUCGUGCAACUCCAGUUUCAUCCAAGCGAGUGAAGCUGCGAGAAGCAAGAUAUGAAACCAGUAUUUCGCGGCAAAAUGGAAGCAACUGCGCAUGCUCUAUUAAAACACUUUUCUCUGAUUGGAUUUAAACUUUGAGCGACAAACAAAAGGAAAGGCAAUAGCCGUUUCAGCUCGUAUCCCCAACAAGAAAUGACAGAUGAAUUUAGCGAUUAAUCAUAUCGCGCUUGAUUUCUUUAAUUACAAGUCAAUAGAAAGCAAAAACUCUCAGGCUUUCUAAUACGUUGCCAGAUAAAUAAACUGAAUUUGAUUCCAUUCUGCAUGUUUUUUAGUUACCUUCAGAUUUCAAUGUUUAUAAACAACUAAGACUUUAAACAAGUCAUUAAAGAAGUCAAUUGAAGCUUUAUUUGAUUUAAAUUGAAAUGGAAAUGUAAAGAAACGUUAAUUAAAAUGGGAAUUGAUUGAUAGCACUUUCGUUUUUCGCAUCGUAAUUUCAGAGGAUUGCAACUAAAAGGACAAGAAAAGCAUCAAGACAAGAAAGUAUAUUUUGAUUGGCAAAAGGAAGAAAUUUCAAAGAUAAAGAUGGUACGAGGAAAUGAAGUGGUAAGUCGCUGUCUCUCGUUGGUCCCAAACAAUCCAGAGAACCCGAAUACAACAAUUGCUGGAGCCAUUUUGAUUAUAUUUGCCUUUUUUAAUAUCCUGUCAAACUCCCUUUUGAUUUUCGCAUUGUACAAAUCGAAGCAGUUACGGACAUUUUCGAACAAAUUUAUUCUGAUAAUGACAGUGUCAGAUUUUUGCUUGGGAAUUUUUGCACAGUCUGUGACGGGAGCAUUCUGGAUAUCAAGUAGACAAAGAAACUGCCUUGAGCUCAAAUCUUUUCAUUUUAUGGUGAUUUUUUUGGGAUAUAUUUCGGUCUUAAUGAUACUUCUCAUCUCGGUUGAUCGGUACCUUCACGUUACAAAGCCGAUUCGAUAUCAGACAAUGAUGAACAAUAAUCGGAUGACCCUAUUGGUUGUAUCUUGUUUUAUUAGUGGACUUAUUGCUGCCACAAUUAGCGUAGUAUGGGAGUCCUUCUACCGGCAGUUGACCAUCGUGAUUUUUAACUUUAUGCUUAUGACUGUUUUUCUCAUUCUGAAUACAAGAACAUUAAAAACUCUUGAGAGACACCACAAAAAUGCAGUCUUCCGAUUUCAACCUGGCAAUCGAAAAGAAGUGCUCAAUUUUCGAACAGAACGUCUAGCUGCAGUGAAAACAAUUCGUUUGGUUUUGGGUUUAUUUCUUAUCGGUUACACCCCUUACAACAUUUGUUCAGUUUUCUGGGCGUAUCAUGGAUUCAAAAGAAAUUCUGCUGCCGGAGUUCUGCUGGAGACAACUUACAUAUGGAGUAGUGUAAUUGCCGCUAGUAUCAGUUUUCUUAAUUCAUUGAUUUUUAUGCAUGGUAACACAAAAUGUCGCAGAGUUGUAAGAUCACUUUUCUGUAAGAGUAGCGAAGCUCCUGAGUGAAAUAAAAUAUUUAAAUUCUUAGGCAUGGAGACUGAAUCUGGGAGUAUUGCAGCAGCUUUGCUAAUCAGGGCAAGUUUAAAGCAUUUCAGGCUCCUUUCGGCAGUUCUUUCUCAAUGAACGAGAUUAGUCAGGCAAGAUCCAGACUGACCCUCCCUGAUCAUUCGCACGGCCAUCAUUAUAUUGACGACUAUUUCAAAGGUAUGCUAGAAAAUCAUAAUCAACUUUCGAAAUAAGUAACUAGCUGCGCUUAAAAUACUUCGUUUAGUUAUGGA